AGCCCAGAGGGACAGAGCCCAGAGGGACAGAGCCCAGAGGGACAGAGCCGGGAUAGGGAGACGCACAGCUUCCCUGCCUCGCUGGCCCACGAUUAGGGGCGUAGCCACCUGGGGCCCCCUUCCCCCUCCUCAGCCUCCCUCCAGGGCCCCUUUAAGACAGAGCUGGUCCUCUUCUCUCCGCGUUAACCCCUCGAGGUCCUGGUGGCCCCUUGGGCUCCGGCCGGUGGGCGGAGGCAAGGGGGGAGCCAGGGGCGGGGAAAGCUUUGCCCGAAAUCUGGGAGGGAGAGAAGGAGGCAGGGGAGCUGGGAAGGCACCGCUGAGCAGAGCCGGGUGAGGGCGCCCCCCGCCCCGCUGUGCCAGGCGGGCAGUGCCAAAUCCGGGGAGCCCGGAGCUGGGGGGAGGGCCGGGCACAACCCGGCCCUGCCCCCUCCCCCGCGGGGUGCUCAGCAACUUCUGAGGAAAGUUUGGCAUUGAUUGCGUGGUGCCCCGAGGAUGGGCAGGGUCCUGCCGGCCUGGUGCUGGGUGCUGUGCUGCUGGGGGUGCGUGGCUCCCAAGGGCCCACAGGCUGCGGGGCACCCCUUCGUGGGGAGUCCAGGGAACAUCACUGGUGCCCGAGGACUCAUGGGGGCCCUUCGGUGUGAGCUCCAGGUUCAGGGGGAGCCCCCCGAGGUGACCUGGCUUCGGGAUGGACAGGUCCUAGAGCUGGCAGACAGCACCCAGACCCAGGUGCCCCUGGGCGAAGACGGGCAGGAUGACUGGAAAGUGGUCAGCCAACUCAGAAUCUCGUCCCUGCAGCUCUCAGACGCUGGAUGGUACCAGUGUGCCGUGGUCCUGGGCAGAAAGACCUUCGUGUCCCAGCCUGGCUACGUCGGGCUGGAGGGCCUGCCUUACUUCCUGGAGGAGCCUGAGGACAGGACUGUGGCUGCCAAUACUCCCUUCAACCUGAGCUGCCAGGCCCAGGGACCCCCAGAGCCCGUGGACCUACUCUGGCUCCAGGAUGCUGUCUCCCUAGCUGCGACCGUGGACCACAGUGCCCAGCACACACUCCGUGUUCCAGGCCUGAACAAGACUGCUUCUUUCUCCUGUGAAGCCCAUAACGCCAAGGGGGUCACCACAUCCCGCACAGCCACCAUCACAGUGCUCCCCCAGCGGCCCCGCGACCUCCACUUGGUUUCCAGCCAGCCGACAGAGCUGGAGGUGGCUUGGACCCCAGGCCUGAGCGGCAUUUAUCCCCUCACCCACUGCACCCUGCAGGCUGUGCUGUCAGACGAUGGGGUGGGCACCUGGCUGGGAGAGCCAGACCCCCCAGAGGAACCCCUCACCUUACAAGCAUCUGUUCCGCCUCACCAACUGCGGCUGGGCAAACUCCAUCCUCACACCCCUUACCACAUCCGGGUGGCAUGUGUCAGUAGCCAGGGCCCCUCACCCUGGACCCACUGGCUUCCUGUGGAGACACCGGAGGGAGUGCCCCUGGGCCCUCCUGAGAACGUUAGCGCCAUGCGGAAUGGGAGCCAAGCCCUCGUGCAUUGGCAGGAGCCAAGGGCGCCCCUGCAGGGUACCCUAUUAGGGUACCGACUGGCCUAUCGAGGUCAGGAUACCCCCGAGGUGCUAAUGGACGUAGGGCUAAGGCGAGAAGUGACCUUGGAGCUGCGGGGGGACGGGUCUGUGCCCAACCUGACGGUGUGCGUGGCAGCCUACACCGCCGCUGGGGAUGGACCCUGGAGCCUCCCUGUGCCCCUGGUGCUCUGGCGCCCAGGACAAGGACAGCCAAUCCACCAGCUGGUGAGUGAACCCCCAGUCCCUGCCUUCUCGUGGCCCUGGUGGUACGUACUGCUGGGAGCAGUGGUGGCUGCUGCCUGUGUCCUCAUCCUGGCCCUGUUCCUCGUCCACCGGCGGAAGAAAGAGACCCGCUACGGAGAGGUGUUCGAACCAACAAUGGAGAGGGGCGAGCUGGUGGUCAGGUACCGUGUUCGCAAGUCCUACAGCCGUCGGACCACUGAAGCCACCUUGAACAGCCUGGGCAUCAGUGAAGAGCUGAAGGAGAAGCUGCGGGAUGUGAUGGUGGACCGGCAUAAGGUGGCCCUGGGGAAGACCCUGGGAGAAGGAGAGUUUGGAGCUGUGAUGGAAGGCCAGCUCAACCAGGAUGACUCCAUCCUCAAGGUGGCUGUGAAGACGAUGAAGAUUGCCAUCUGCACAAGGUCAGAGCUGGAGGAUUUCCUGAGUGAAGCCGUCUGCAUGAAAGAAUUCGACCACCCCAACGUCAUGAGGCUCAUUGGCGUCUGCUUCCAGGGUUCUGAACGAGAGGGCUUCCCGGCACCCGUGGUCAUCUUACCUUUCAUGAAACACGGAGACCUACACAGUUUCCUUCUCUAUUCCCGGCUUGGGGACCAGCCAGUGUUCCUGCCCACUCAGAUGCUGGUGAAGUUCAUGGCAGACAUUGCCAGUGGCAUGGAGUAUCUGAGUACCAAGAGAUUCAUACACCGGGACUUGGCCGCCAGGAACUGCAUGCUGAACGAGAACAUGUCGGUGUGUGUGGCGGACUUUGGGCUCUCCAAGAAGAUCUACAACGGGGACUACUACCGCCAGGGACGCAUCGCCAAGAUGCCAGUCAAGUGGAUCGCCAUCGAGAGCCUGGCUGACCGCGUCUACACUAGCAAGAGCGAUGUGUGGUCCUUUGGGGUGACAAUGUGGGAGAUUGCCACUCGAGGCCAGACCCCAUAUCCAGGAGUGGAGAACAGCGAGAUUUAUGACUACCUGCGCCAGGGAAACCGCCUGAAGCAGCCUGUGGACUGUCUGGACGGACUGUAUGCCCUGAUGUCCCAGUGCUGGGAGCUAAACCCCCGAGACCGGCCGAGUUUUGCAGAGCUUCGGGAAGAUCUGGAGAAUACGCUGAAGGCCCUGCCCCCUGCCCAGGAGCCAGACGAAAUCCUCUAUGUCAACAUGGAUGAGGGUGGGGGUCAUCCUGAACCACUUGGAGCUGCUGGAGGAGCUGACCCCCUAACUCAGCCUGACCCUAAGGAUUCCUGCAGCUGCCUCACCGCCGCUGAGGUCCAUCCUGCUGGACGCUAUGUCCUCUGCCCUUCUACAGCUCCUGGCCCCGCCCUGCCUGCUGACAGGAGCUCCCCAGCACCCCCAGGGCAGGAGGAUGGCGCCUGAGACAACCCUCCACCUGGGACUCCCUCUCAGGACCCAAGCUAGGCACUGCCACUGGGGGAACCCCCCCCUCACUUUCCCACUCCAGGCUUUACCCCCAACCUUAGCCCUCUCCUCCUACCCAUUCCACUUCCAUCCCAGACAGAUCCUCUCCCUUUUCCACACCUUAGUGUCCCCAUGUGUAAAAGGAAGGGAUUGGACUGCAAUCCCUAAGGGUCCUCCCAGGUCUAACAUUCCAAGAUUCUAGAUUCUAAGGUUUAAAGAGUCUAGAUUCAGAGGUUCUAAGUUUCAAAGAUGAGUCUGAUUCUAAGGACCUGAAAUUCCAAAGUCUCUAAUUCUAAAGUGCUAAGGUUCUAGACAUGGAAGUUCUAAGGCCUAUAUUCUAAGGCUGUGAGAUUCUAUGGCUCUAGACUUUUCUGGUUCUAAGAUUCUUGAUAAAGCCCACAAGAUUUUAGGUUCUAAAGCCCUAAGAUUCUAAUUCUAGGAUCUAAGGCUCUAUGAUUCUAGAUUUUAUUUUUCUAGGGUUCUGAAUCCCUAGAGUGUAAGAUUCUACAAUUGUAAAAAUUCUACAAUUCUAGACAUGGAGGUUCUAAGGUCUGAUGUUCUAAAAUUUGAUGUUCCAAGCCUCAUAGAGUAUAAUUUCUCUGACUGUAAAACUCUAGAUCAUAAAGCUUCAAGAUUUGAUCUUCUCAAGUUCUAAGAUUCUAAUGCUGGUCAGUUAUAGGUUCUAAGGCUUUAUGGUCCUCGAAACUUUUGUUAUGAGAUUCUGGAUCCUAAAGAUCUAAAAUGCUAGAAUCUGCAAUUAGAAAGUUCUAAGAGUUUAAAGAUGGAGGUUCUAAGGUCUAAUGUUCUAAGAUGCAAUGUUCCAAGACCUAGUCUAAGAACCUAGAUUCUCUAUGUCUAAGAUUCCGGAUCAUAUGCUUCAAGAUUCUAGAUUAUUAAACUCUAAGAUUCUAAUGUUGUUCUGUUCUGUGUUCCAAGGCACUCUAGAUUCUAUUGGUCCAAGAUUCUGGAUCCUCAGCAUCUAUGGUAUAAGACUCUACAGUUGGUGGUGACUAACCAGAUGCCAAAGUUUUAAUCAUUUUUAAUUUUGGACACCUUUAAUUUCUAUGCUGCAUUCUGUCUUUCUAGGAUUUUAGUUAAGGGGCCAAGAAUUCACAGUUCUAAGUCUUAAGAUUCUAGGCACUAUAGUUCUAAGAUUCACAUGUUGUAAGAUUCUAAAAGUCUACAGGUCUAGAAUUCUAAGAUACAAUUCCAAGGUUUUAAACUUAUAGUUUUAUCCUUUGUGGGAUAGUUUUAUCCUUCCCUUCUUAGCCACCUCUGCUUCCUCUUCCCCUUAUGUGGGGUGUGCACCCUCAAGCCUGUGCAAUGCAUUAAGGAUGCCUCCUUUCCCCAAAGGACAAACUCCCUCCUCUGGGACCAUGCUGCCCCCCUGAGCCAGUCCCUUAUGCCCCCUGAACAGAGUGUGGACUCUGAAACCUCCAGAGGGGCUCAGAUCACAUAAAACUUUGUAACCAUG